AUGGUCCUCGGUUCGCGCUACCGAGUCAAAGAUGCUGCCCUCCUUCAUCUCUUACCGUGGGUCCUCGUCGUGGCGAUGAUUUUCGGCCCGAGCGGCCUCGUACGCCUCUUUUCGUUACUCUGCACCUUCGGUUUCAUCCCGGCCUUUGCGUCGUCGGGAUACGCUGACGACAUCCUGGGCCACUAUUUUGACGUGGCACCUGGCUCAGACCCGGGGACUUGGGUCCAUGGAAUGCUCAACCCAAGGCGCAACCGCGCAUUCCGCUCAGACCCGCCGAUAGAUUUCAAAUUCACACUCGACGAUGACGGCGCAGGGGUCUUUGAGUUGAUCAAUCACAGAGAUGGCGAGGGGAGGCUGUUUGGUGCGAUUCGGACCAAAGCUCCUGUCGGCGCUGCGGGCACGUCGUACAGUUUGCGGACAUCCCUGAGCCGGAUUUCCACAGGCGCCACAGUCAGUUCCCUCGACUUCAUCGUUGAGGUCAAAGACACACCCAUGAUCGAGGUGAUCAGGACUCGAGCGCUCGAGUGGGCGUUCACGGAGGAUAAACUGUGGGGACGAAACGAGCCCUCCGAGUCUGCUUUGGAAACGCAGGUGAGCUAUGUAGAAAACAACGGCGGCGAACUGAGAAAUAAUGACCUAUACGCCUGGUCCAAGUAUCAGAAGAGAACAAAGAGUACCCUGGCCGACAAAUGGAUACAAGCGGUGGAGGAUUUGGGGGCGCUCGGAUGGGCGUAUCUGGAUCGACCGAAAGCCUGGAAGUGGGAGCAGAGCGCCGAAGUGGGACAGAAUGCAAUGAACCCACUGGACUCGCAGUUGAAGACAAGGGUUGGUGCAGCGAUCAAAACGGCGAUCGUCGCUCUCGCGGAGGCGAUCCCCGUCGAUGCCACGGACGUCUUCGACUCAGGCGACCUAUCGUCGCUGUCGCAUAACGGAAAGGACUAUCAUGGCGAGGGAUUCGCUGGUAGGCCAACCAUGAACACCUUGUCAUACAAUCAGGUGACACAUCAGUGGGAGUUUACUGAUGCGGUAGGGCUAGCCGUUAUGGCGGUUGGACAGGACCUUCACGCUGCCGCACUGAACGGGAACGCCAACGCUGUGGCUGCCAUGGAUGCAAUUGUCCGCCUCGGUACGCCGAACUUUGCUCUCACCGAGAACCGCCGAUGGAUCGACAAUCCGAAGACGCCGGGGCGGGCAAGGUGGGGCGACCUGCUGAGCAAUCAUGCGCAAGGUGUGUGGAUGGAUGCAAAUUUGGCGCAUAGGCUCAGGGCUUGGAUCGCCUUUGCGAUUGCGGCAAACGACUACAACCGUCCGGCAACAUACGUGGAUUAUUGGCACGACGACUUCGACUUCAGCGCGAUUCGAUACGAAGGAUCGGAUGCAUCCUCGCCGCCGACCUCGAUUCCCGAUGGAUUUAGGCUUAUACCAGGAUUUAAAAACGAAGGGGUGUUCGGCGACGUCACCGCCCUUCUUGGAGGCGGAUAUGUGCGCCCUCGCCGGAGAGGUCUGAGUGGUUAUUUGCCUGAUGGCAUCAUCUCGCAUCACACCGAUUACUGCCAAGACGCCGCUAUGUUUGCAUACGGUUUCGAGUGGCUUCUGGAACCACUUAAGGUGGCCCGGAUUUUCAAGGGCACACCGUUCGCGCUGGCCUCUGCGGCGCUCGCCGUUCCCGCUCGGUGGCUGGUGUACUCGUACUCAAGGAUCGUCUUCAAGGGCGGGAUUGACAUCGCGCUGAUUGGUCGCGAGUAUCAUGCCGAGACGUGCUGGACAUUCUGGAACAAGCGAGCCAUUCCAGCGGCAAAAUACCUCGUUCAGGACCAUGCCUCUGCUCUUGACAGCGACGUUCUGACCACGCUUCAGACGUGGAUCAGCGGCGAUACCAUCAACGGACCUCCGCAGGAAACGAGCCUCGGGAACACGGCGUUUUUCAACUCUGACGUUAUGGUGCACAGAGCAUCAGAUGCAGGCACCGGCGACGAAUGGUACAUCUCGGUCCGAUUCAAGACGUCGAGGACGCAAGGUAACGAAGAUUUCGAAAGCACGGGAAAGUCGUGGCACAUGGGCAGUGGCAUGUUGCAGGUCAAGGUGUUCGGAGAUGAGUACGAUCUUGUCAGGGCUCGAAUGGAUUGGCAUGUGAUGCCCGGGGUCACGGAGGAGUGGAGGACAGACAGUAUAUCCAAGUCAUCCGAGGGUCGAUGCGGCGGGUCAACUUAUGGCGGGUCCGUGUCAGACGGUGAAGUCGGUGCUGCUGCCAUGCAUUACACUCCUCACGCCGCCGACGACGACGAUUACUCGGUUACAUCUGCUGAUAAGGCUUGGUUUUUUGGAUCUUUUGGUGCAGUGGCUCUUGGUCGCGGCAUCAACCGUGCCAAAACGGGACAAGGCAACGAGAUUGUAACGACCCUCGAGCAAGCGAGAUGGCGCGGUCCGGUGACCAUCCAGGUAGGCUCCUCAGGGUCAAGCUUAACCCUGCCACACGAUCUAAACAGUGGGUGCUCGGAGGAUCGAACAAUUCCUGCAGGUGAGACGGCAUUUUUGCAUCAAGGCGGCGUGGGGUACGUGAUUGUUGCUCCUGCUUCAUCGAGUGUCACGCUCUCAAUCCGAUGUGGCAACAAUGUCAUCGCAACAGAUUCGUCCAUGGCAGGAAAGUCCAGCUGGGGCGAUCGCACUGACCCAGAGAAUAGAGAUAGGUGGGACCCUGAUGCGGGUGAUUGGUACAAGAGUGACAGACCGUUCUUGGCGGUGUUGAAACACGGCACGGCUCCUGCAGACGCAGCUUAUCAAUAUGCCGUGUUGCCCGCGAUGAAGAUUCUCGAUGCCGCAGCGAAGGCUCGCGCCUUCGCAUUCUUUGGCUCUGAAGUACAAGUGAUACAGAACGACGCAAGCGCUCAAGCUGUAGUUUUCCCGCCCACGGGAGACUUCAGGACGUUCCAGUGCGCGUUCCUCAGCGCAAAUGAGGAUGUUGUCGCGCCGCUGUCGUCAUCCUUGACCUUUACUGUGAGCGUCGAUCGUCCUGCGAUCGUUCAGGUGAGAACAUUAUCCGAUGGGAGAUUCGGCCUUGCCGUAGUAGACGGUAUCGCGGAUAAGACGGCUCGAGUGUUAAAAGUUCACCUCGGACAGGGCGAACUUUUGGAACCAGGAUCCUACCCUUACGCGCUGCCGGGUGUUGAACCAAAAACUGCAGUGGACGCCGUGGACGUCUCUCAAUCGGGAGGCCGCACCCUAAUAUCCUUCGGUCUUCCGGAUGCCACAGAUGACGCGGUGUAUGGAUAUCAGGGUGAACUUUACGUCGGAGCGCCUGUGUCUGUCAAGGUACCAAAACUUGGAGGACCAUGCGACGCGUCUGCAUCCCCCACAAACGGAGGUGUGGGCGACUGCACUAACUCCUUGGCGAGCGGCUCGACGUGCCAGCCGACGUGCAACUCGGGGUACACCGUAUCAGGGACAUCAUCGUGCAGUGCUGGGACCCUGACCGCCGCGACGUGCUCCGCAAACUCGUGCACUGCCUCUUCUGUCUUGAGCAAGGACGGGUCUGACGGAGUGUUUUACUGCAUCAAUGGCGGCACUGUUGGCGGAACCACAGGGUCAUGCACCUGCACUUCAUGUAAUGAAGGAUACGGAGGUGCGAGCUGCGAGACUGCCGGCGCUUGCUCUACCUCUACGGACCCAAGCAAAGAUGGAGCCGAUGGAAGCUUCUAUUGCAUCAACGGCGGCACCGUGGGCGGAACUGCUGGAUCUGGAUCGUGCACGUGCACGUCAUGCAACUUGGGAUACGAAGGCUCGAGCUGCCAGACCGCCAGUGCGUGCGCAGCCUCUGCAGUCUCGACGAAGGACGGGAGCGACGGCACCUUCUACUGCAUCAACGGCGGGACUAUCGGCGGCACCACCGGGGCGUGCACUUGCACAGGAUGCGACGCAGGAUACGGCGGCGCGAGCUGCCAAACCAUUGGAGCAUGCACGGCCUCAACAGUAGCAAGCAAGGAUGGGUCCGACGGAGAGUUCUACUGCAUCAACGGCGGAACCGUCGGCGGCACCACCGGGGCGUGCACGUGCACAGGGUGCGAUACGGGAUACAGCGGAACGAGCUGUGAGACUGAAGCUGCUGCUGCGGCGGCCGAGGCGAUCGCAACACCGCCGCCUGCUCCCGGGUCCACGCCUCCUGCCGGGUCCACGCCUCCUGCCAACUCCGCUGCGACGCCCGCAGGUGAAGCGAUGACAAACACGACCAACGGGGCAUGCGGCGCAGAUGGAAGGUGCGUCUGCACUUGCAUCCGCAAAAAAUGCGAGGCUCCCGCUGGUGCAAUCUCAGGGGCGGUGCUCGGAACGUUCUUCGGAGCCGCGCUCAGCGCCGCGAUACUCGUUUACGUCUACAGACACGGCAAGGACGUCGGUAAACGGAGGUUGACCAAAUAUUUGAGCGGCCCAGGUGGCGGAGGAGGUCCUUUUGGAUCUCCGUCAUACAGGUCCGGUCUUGCUCCCGACCGCGUCCCUGAAUAUCUUGAGAACGUAUCCGUAAGGGGGCCGAUGCAGAUUUAUGAGGUUGAAACUCCGCAGAAGUCGGGAAAGCAAGAGAACGGCCAGCGCAGGAAGGAUGACUUCGGAGGAAAUCUGCCUCCCCUGUGAGCCAUCUAUGACUUUCUCAUGAUGCCCCCCUCGCCGCCUCCACCCCCCGUCUCUUCGCCGCCACUGUCGCCUCCGCCGCCAAACCUCAUCAAAGACGACGACGACCACGCAUCCACACACCAAGGCUUCUUCCUCCUCCUUACCAUAACCGCCCUAAACUUUAUCUUGUAAUAUGAACGGUAAAUGUCUUCGCAAAU